AUGGCGCUCUACGGGGCGCCGGUGUGGUCAGCGGCUCUGGAGCGCAAUUCCAGAGCCCUGGCUAUACUUAGGAAGGCGCAAAGGAGAGCGGCAAUUAGGGUGGUGAGAGCUUACAGGACGGUCUCCCACCCCGCUGCGACGCUGUUAGCGGGACUUCCCCCGAUAGACAUAGCGGCGGGAAUACACGCAGCUAUGUACGACCGGGUGCGAGAGUUGAGGGAGGAAGGAGUGAUCGUCACCCCAGCCAUCAGGAGGACCCUCAGGUCGCAGAUGCAAGAGGGAAUGAGAGAGGAAUGGAGGACCAGACUCGGCGAGUCGAACAGCUCGAGCCGUAGGACUGUGGACGCCAUCCUCCCGAGGCUGCAGGAAUGGCUGGAUCGCCCGUGGACACGAGCAUCCUACCGCACGACACAGGUGCUCUCCGGACAUGGGUGCUUCGGGGAGUACCUGUGUCGAAUAGGUCGCGAUGGCACCCCUAGGUGCAACCAUUGUGGAGGGGACCGGGACACGGCGCAGCACACUCCAAGAGUGCCCGGCAUGGGAGGAAGAGCGCCGUGCCCUGGUCGAAGUUAUUGGGGAUGA